AAAAAGAAAAGGAAAAAGAAAAAGGUUUGACAAUUAGUUUGGGUUCAUCCAAUUUCCAAGAUCCCAAACUCCAAUACACCAAUCCCUAAUUAGACAGCAAACUUUCCCAAUCAAGCGCACAUUCCCCAAACCCUCCGCCAUGAGCCACCGCAAUCCGCCACCAAUUCCGCCGCCGAAUAUCCGCCAUACCAGCACCGCCCAAAUCCUUAAGCAAACCUCCUCUCUGUUCUACUCUAACCCUCUCAUCUUCAUCUUUCUCUCAUCUCUCCUCCUCACUUUCCGUUCCAACGUUCACAGCGCCUCCCACUACCUCUCUUCCCUAAUCGACCGCGACCCUUCCUUGAAAUCCCUCCUCUCCCGCCUCGAUUUCUCCGCCUCCACCUCCGCCUCUGCCUCCCAUCUCCACCACCACCAUCAUCCCACCUACCGCCGUCGCCGCGCCUUUCUCCACCUCUCCCGCGUCGGAACCCUCGACGACGACUUUUUCUCCGGCGAUUCCGAUUUCGACCGCUCCCUCUUUCGCCAAUCCUCCAGAAAACCUACCCCCAAUGCCACUUUCGUCAUUUUCUCUGACUUCAACCCGGAUUACGGCUUCUCCAAUUCCGUCAUGGAUAACGGAAUCUCUUUCCCCAAAAUUGUCAAGCCAGGUGUCAAGACGGAGUUCAGGAAUAAUGCCACGGUGUUGUCGGAAGAAGAGGAAAGGAAAUUCGUCGAGAGCAGAUUAGAUGAUAGUAAUGCAGUCAUCGAUUUCGAUUUCUUGAUCAAGGGUUUCGAAUUAGGGCAUCGCGACGCAACUUCUCUCUUCUUCUUAGCAGGCGUCCUGUCGGUUACAUAUGCAUACGUUGUAUUGGCAUUCAUAGUUUCUUACACAUGGGUGAACGGGAUUAUUUUCCUUAAAGUGGUGGAUCAUUUGGUUGGAAAUUACAGAUCCUUCUUGCGCACGAUUUGGGACGGUUCGAAUAUCGGGCUUAAACGGCUUUCAGGGUUUAUACUGAUGAAAUGGGCAGUGAGGGAUGCACUAGCACAGCUGAUGGGAAUAUUCUUUUUCGGGGAGAUCGAAGAUCACUACGUGUUCUUGAAGGUUUUCUUGAGGAUGAAGUUUAUGCCUUUUGCCAAUGUGGCACCGUGGGUUAUAGGGCAUGAGUGGGAGAGUGCAGGCUUUAUUGCGGUCUGGUUCUUGAGUGACUUGAUGCUCGGUUUCAUAUUUGCUGUCGAUUCGUGGGUAGCAAUUGCAGAUUCAAGAAGGGGUGGCAGAGAGAUUGUAAAAGAAGGGUGCCAUAUGUUAUUAGCUUUGUUUUGCCCUGCUUUUGAAAUAAGGUGUUUAGAAGCAGUUAUAUGCGGAUCGUUUGGGAGGUGGUUGUUGAGGAAAAUGUUUGGGGAUCUUCUUACUUUAGUUUUCCAGUCGUUGAUGGAGGUUUUUUUCAUGGUUUCUUGGCUGGUUUUUUACUUUGCUGCCAGGCAUAAAGAUGAUACUUCUGUUGGAAAGACAUUUGGACGACGAGAAUUGGAACAUUUUCUUCAUUUGGCUAGGUGAUACUUGCGGAAAAAAAAAAUGGUAAAAAGAAAACAAAUAUCUCUGUUGCGAGAUUCGAGUUUGUCGUACCGGAAUAACUGGUAAACUUGCUUGGUUUGCAACAAUAAUAUAGCGGUAAAUCUUUGUGGUGCUUUUUUGUUGUUUGAUUUGCAACAAAUUUAAAAUUAGCACUGCCAUUGAUUGCUUGGUGAUGCCGUCGCCAUUUGUGUUUUGUUUAUGUACGAUGAGGUAAUAUGUUGUAAAUCUACAUACAAUUCCAUCAUUCAUGUAUAUAUAGGUUUCAGCAUGUGCUUUCUUCGGCCUUCGAAAUCGUGCUAUUCCUGGUUUUGCUACCAUGUUA